ACUAAUAGAGAGAGAUGUUAAAAGAACAGUUUUUGUUUCUUUAGAGAAAUCCCAGAGAAGUAGAAAACGAUGUCUGAGGGGUAUUCACCCUUUUGCAACCUGCAACCAUAAGAGUGAUGACGAAGAUAGUGACAUGGGAAUAGCGCCAAUUGUUGAAGAAGCAGACAAUUCUUCUAUGUCACAAGAUUUUCAUCAAAAUAUUUUCAGUUUCUCGAAUGGAUUGGAGGGAUCGCAGAUCCGAAGAGAUAAACAAGGCGUAGGCGCGGCGGCUAUGGAAGAAGAUGGCCUUCCAAGCUACGAAGGCGGCGGUAUCUUGUCGGAGAUGUUCAAUUUCUCCUCGGCGGAGUGGAAUUCGAAGAGCCAGAGCGUAGUUAACGACGCCGGAUCCUACAAUCAUCACGAGAUUUCAAGCAUUGAUCCCGAUCCAGCUGCAGCCAUGCAGCUGUUCGCGAUGAGAUCGGAGGCUUCUCCAUCCCUUCAAAACCCUUGUUCCUUGUUCCAGGCGGGAGGGGCUUUUGGUCAUUUCACAUGGCCUCCCAACCCUAACGGAGCUGCGGAAAGCCUCUCUCUCUCGCUGUCUUCUUCGGCGGAGGAUAUGCUGUUCGGGGCAUCUGCUCCUCCGCCGCAGUAUAGCCAGAGCCGCCAAAUAGGUUUGGGGACACUGAGCAAUUCCAAAUACGCCAAGGCGGCGCAGGAUUUGUUGGCAGAGUUGUGUAGUGUUGGUAGGGGCCAGGUGAAGAAAGACAGGAAUAAGGACGCCAAAAAAACAAGUGAAGCUUCGUCUUCUUCUAGAGAUCCACCUGCUCUAUCAGCUUCGGAGAGGCUCGAGCAUCAAAGAAGAAAGGUCAAACUAUCAGCCAUGCUUGAUGAGGUAGACAAAAGGUACAACCACUACUGCGAGCGGAUGCAGCUCGUGGUGAACUCAUUCGACAUGGUAAUGGGGUUCGGCGCGGCGGCGCCGUACACCAGCCUUGCGCAGAAGGCCAUGUCGCGGCACUUCCGGUGCCUGAGGGAGGCCGUGGCCGAGCAGCUGGCGCAAAGCUGCGAGCAGCUGGGGGAGAAAGACGGCACGAAAUCGGGGCUCACCAAAGGCGAAACGCCGCGGCUCAAAUACUUGGAGCAGAGCCUGCGGCAGCAGCAGCAGUACGCCGCCUUCGACCAAGACGCGUGGCGGCCGCAGCGAGGCUUGCCGCAACGCUCCGUCACCAUUCUCAGGGCUUGGCUCUUCGACCAUUUUCUGCACCCGUAUCCAAGUGACGCAGAUAAGCACCUGCUUGCGAGGCAGACAGGUCUAUCAAGAAACCAGGUAGCAAAUUGGUUCAUAAAUGCAAGGGUCCGCCUGUGGAAACCCAUGGUCGAAGAGAUGUACCUGCAAGAAGCCAAAGAUGGAGAUGAAGAUCAACAACCUCUCCCCACCACCACUUCUCCGCCUCCUUCGGAUAAUCAGCCGCAGUGCUUCCCAAUCCCAGCGAUUGAGUUUGGGACGACUUCGGGUGACGUGUCGCUUACGUUAGGGCUACGUCACUCCGGGGAAGACUUCUUUCCGGCUUAAUCAAAUCAAUGCUAUAUACUCUUCUUUUAAUGGAAGUAAACAAAACAUGAAAACACAUAGGAACUAGUGUUAGCGGUGCCAGGAGAUUAAUUAGUCUGAGUGCUAUUGUUAAUUGUAUAGUUUGAGUUUAUAUUCUACUCCUACUCCCCUUUCAUUUCCCAUCAUAUGUACAUCAGUACAUGCAAAUAUGCAAUGUAUGUGUCUUCGCUUCCUAAUUCCUAUACUAUAAUACUACAAUACUACAAUACAUCACUUUGCACUAUCA